AAUUCAAUCAUAAACACUCUCUCUAGUUCCCUCAUUAAAUAGCGUCUAAUUAUUACGGAGUAUUUUUAUAUAUUUUUUAUUUGUUUCUGCGAGUGAGUGUUUUGGCCUUUUCAGAUCUAUGGCUCGCUCCGUCUCCAGCGCGAAGCUCAUCUCCUCCGUGGUUGAUUGGGUCUCCGUUGGGAUCGGCCGGCGAUACGCAGCGGCGGCGGCCCAGGGUGCGGUUUCCGGCGGCGGAAGCGGAAGCGCGGUGGUGGAGAAAGGCGGAGAAGCGGCGAGCCGAAAGGAGAUCUCUUGGGUGCCCGACCCCGUCACCGGGCACUACCGGCCGGAGCGUUCCGGCAAGGAGGCGGACGGCGGAGACGACGGAGAGAGAUAUUCUCUCGAAGCACAGAGCAGAAGAAACUCAUGAAUUCGAAGAGAAAAUUUUUAAAAUUCCAUUAUUGUCAUGAUAUGGGGAUCUGUUGAUGAAGUCCACAAGCAUCCCACGGAUGAGGGACGUCCACGAAGAAAUGUUGGGCCACUUUGAUGUGUAUGGUGACUAUGUUUAAUUUUCUUUAUUCCAUUAUUUUCUAUUAAAUGUAAUUUAGAUUUUUCUUAGGGAAGUGAAUUAUAAGCUCCUUUAAGGAUUUUUUUUUUUACUUUGACAAAAUAGAUAAUUUAGUAAUUAGGAUUUGGGGGAGAACUUCACUAUUAAUUACAGCAAUUGUAUAACCCAUUUAUCAUGGAAUUAGAAUUACCUCUCUCUCCCCCCAAGAAAACUCUUCUUCUUUCAACCCUAUUGUCGUUCUCUCUCGCACGACUUCUCGAUUGGCCGACAAGGUUCAGUUGUA